AUGGAAGGCAAACAGGAUGAGCCUACUGCUCGACCUCGGCGAUACAAUGUUGAGGAGUUGAAAUACCUUAAGGAUUCUCCACACGUGGUAAAGCCACCAGGCCUUCCACCAGCAGACCAAUGGAUGGGACCACCGGCAGAUACUACGCGUAAUUCGACCAAAGCAGGUGCUGAUCGAAACAAGAACCACGACUCUAAUGCACUUCUAGACCAAACUCCCAGACGUCCUGGCACUGAGAGACACAUCUCACGCAAUAGUGCUAAUCCUGAAGAUAUCAUCCUUGGCCCCCCAAAGACUUCCUUCCUUUCUGCAACACCCUUCAGAAACACUGGCAAGAACUUCGACUCUUCAGAUCGUCCAACGUUAAGAGAUGCUGAUUCUCGAGAUCGAUUCAACCUCCGUUCAAAGGCUGAAGGCGAAGUUGAGCGAACGCGAGAGGGCAGAAACAAUCUGCGUCCGAAGCGGGCAGAAGGAGACCAGGAUAGUGAUGGGUGGAGCACUGUUAAGCCUAGGAAGAGUUUUGGCACAGAAGGCGCUGAACGAUUCAAUGGGCGCAUGGGUCUAGAUCGACACAGAGACGAUAGGAGAUUCAAGGAUCGAGAAGAUCGUGAUGCGAAGGACAGACCACGAGGCUUUGAUACAUUCUCUCGUGACAACAAAGAUGGCGGUGAUCAAGAGCAGGACCGAGAUUCACGCAAGAAUGGAACUGGUCGCGGUCGCAAUGAACCUUCAUGGUUUCGAGACAAGGACACCAGUGAUGCGCCCCCAAAUCCCAGAGACCGCAAUAGCAAUGGUGACAGAUUCGCUGAUCGGAGUAGAGGCUGGAGGGACAAGGACCGUGAUGAGAAAGUCGAGAGAAGCGAUCGUGGUGAUCGACGUUGGGACAGGGACCAGCGUCAAGAGCGCGAACCUGAAUGGAUGGAUGAGCCUGCCGAGGAAAAGAAUGAGAAGAACAACAAAGCUCAUUCUCUGGAAGAGUUCAAGAAAUGGAAGGAACAGAUGUCAGGAAAGGAUAAGGCUGGAAAGCCAGCAGCGGAAGAGGGAAUUGCUAAGCCUGAUGCCCCAUCAUUCUUCGGUCUAGAGAAGAAGGUCCUUACUCCGAUGGAACUGGACACGGUUCCUGACAAGUUCUUCGGGAAGUGGUCAACUCCAAAAGAUGAGGUUCCUCCUGAACUAGGCCCUGAGCUGAAGAAAGAAAACGUUGUCAAGUCGAAACCAACGGGGAAGGCUUCCAGAUUCACCUCGUUCUUCAAUCAAGAUGAAGCACCACGACGCCAAACAGAACCUCCUGCUAUGCCACCACAAGUACCAAGUACAACUGAGGCCGGCCCAGCUACGCAACAGGAUGAGAAGCAAGCCUUUGCCAUGUUGCUCCAGAAACUGCAUUUGGGAACCCAAGGUGGCGCUUCUGGUUCUACGCCUCCUGCAAAUCCGGCUUUGCAACCUCGACCUCCACCUGUCGAGAAGGCUCAACAGAACGGACUUGGCCCAGAGUUGUUCCAGCAAUAUCGCCCCGAGCGACAAGAGGAAGUCCGGACAAUACCCCGCAACUCUCAAACACUCCAGGAUCUGCAAAAUCAACGACAAUUAGCUAGCAGUCAGCCAACAGGACGACCAAAUAGUGCAGAACAAUUGUUGCAAGACUUGGUUGGCCAGCGCCAGAAUACUCUAAGCCAAUCAUCUGCAAGACCCGGUCAUCCACAAAGACGCGAUACUCAAGCCGAUUUUCUCAUGGGUCUAAUGAAAUCCGCUCCAGAGCCUCAACGAUCAGAGCAAGUUCUGUUAGGAAUCCCUCCAAAACAGAAUGAUCGCCAAAUGCAGCAGAUCUUGGAUCGUGAGCAAGAAAUGCACAGGGCGGCCGUGCAGCGUGAACGAAGCGCCUCGCAACGUCAAGUCCGCCCUCAACCACCACCGGGCUUUUACGAUGAACAAGCCUUCCAACGUGGCCCCUUACCUCAUGAGCGACAGCCUCAACCGACGCAAAUCCUUGCUCGACCACCCCCUCCAGGUCUGGAUCUUGGUUGGGAUCGUCAACCUCAGCUUCCUCCGCAACACCGAGUCGCCCAAAACAUUGCCCCUCCUCCUGGACUGGCAAAUGGACCGACUCGUAUGCCAAUGCCUCAACAAAUGUUUCCACCAUUUCCUAUGGGAGCUUUCCCUCCUCCGGAUGUCAUGGCUGGACCUCCUCGAAAUAUGCAAAUGCAACCACCCCCCGGAUUCUAUAACCCACCACCUCCAGGAUUCAUGCCACCAGGUAUGAGUGGAUUCCAAGGACCAGAUGGUAUGGCCUUCGGUGCGCCGUUUGAUGGCAGAGGACCUCCUCCCCAAGGCGCUUUCAGACGACAAUAG